CUCUUUGCCUUCCUCAGAUCAAUGCCUCGGCCACUCACUUUCUGAUGUUGCACGACGGGAAAUGCUUUGAAUACUUGCGACAUGGCUGCUCGCAUUGAUUGCCAAGAUUGACAGCUCUAACCGUCGUCUUCUCUUGUCUUAGCCUAGCGAGAGGGAUGAGAUAAAGAACAGAUAACAACAAAAGAUAGUCGCAGUUUGACAGCUGAACUCCACGAGGAAGAGCGGGAUACCCUUCUCGCGCUCCCGUGUAAACACACUUUAGUUUCCGCUCAACAGAUAGCGCAGCUGAACCUUUUCCUGCAAAAGUAGUUUUUAAAACGGCGGGAUAACGCAGAAGCAAGGACCUGCUUUCACCCCCCUCUUUUCCAACACACCAAGUCUUCAAGGAUUCUCUGCAAGUGGAUCUCGUGGUGACUUUUGCAGCUGAGCAAAGUUCCGGAUUGGACCUGAAUAGAGAGGCUUGCGGACGCAUGUGCCAGUCAAUUUCACAAGUUCCAAGUCAACCAACCAGUGAUAACUGGGAGCUGGGGAUUGAGUCCUUUAGUUUUUAACCCCACGCGCUGACAUGGAGGGCUUUCUUCGUAGCAGCUAUUUACUGAGUAGAAUUAUGUCUUCCAAGCAAGCCACGUCUCCGUUCGCAUCAGUGGCCGACGGCGAGGACACCCUGAACCAAGAGCACCUGUCCUGGGACAAGGAGGAGAGCAUGGAGGCCCACACCACGCCCCAGAUCCCCCUGCACAGCCUGCUGCACGGCAAGGUCCACCCCGACGAGAUGCAGCCCCUCAGCAGCCUCCCCCCGGAGACAGACUGGGACAGCCUGGUGUCAGCCCAGCAGCGCAUGGAAUCUGACAGCAAUAAAGUAUGCUCUCUCUACUCCUUGAAUAACUCAACCUCGCCACACAAGCCGGAGGAGGGGGCCCGGGAACGCGGCGACCUGCUGAGCGCCUCGGCCUUCGGAACACCUGAGCGCCGCAAGGGAAGCCUGGCGGACGUGGUGGACACGCUGAAGCAGAAGAAGCUGGAGGAGAUGACAAAGACAGAGCAGGACGAGUCUUCAUGCAUGGAGAAGCUUCUGUCUAAAGACUGGAAAGAGAAGAUGGAGAGGCUAAACACCAGCGAACUCCUGGCAGAAGUCAAAGGUACUCCAGAGAGCCUCGCUGAGAAGGAGCACCAGCUCUCCACUAUGAUCGGCCAGCUGAUCAGCCUGCGAGAACAGCUCCUGGCCGCCCACGAUGAGCAGAAGAAACUGGCUGCCUCGCAGAUGGAGAAGCAGAGGCAACAGAUGGAGCUGGCUCGGCAGCAGCAGGAACAGAUCGCCAGACAACAGCAGCAGCUCCUGCAACAACAGCACAAGAUCAACGUUCUCCAGCAGCAGAUCCAGGUCCAGGGUCACAUGCCUCCGCUCAUGAUCCCCAUUUUUCCACACGACCAGCGCACGCUGGCAGCCGCUGCAGCCGCCCAGCAAGGCUUCCUCUUCCCUCCAGGAAUGUCUUACAAGCCAGGUGAUAACUAUCCCGUGCAGUUCAUUCCAUCCACGAUGGCAGGCGCGGCCGCGUCCGGGCUCAGCCCCCUCCAGCUGCAGCAACUGUACGCCGCCCAGCUCGCCAGCAUGCAGGUCUCUCCCGGAGCCAAAAUGUCCCACCUCCAACAGCCCACCAACGCCAGCGGGCCCAUCUCUCCGUCCUCUCUGAAGAAUGACAAGAGAUCCUCAAGUCCUAUGGUGCAAGUCAAGGAGGAGGGCACACAGCCUCUCAACCUCUCUGCCCGGCCCAAGGACCUGGGGAAGUCCCCCAACUCCCCGACAGGGAACUUGUUCUCCAGCAGCAAAGGCAGCCCCAACAGCAUGAUGGGGAAGGGAGGACUCUCUAGCCCCCUGGGUGGAGGCCUCGGCCGGGGCUCCUCUCUGGAUAUCCUCUCCAGUCUGAAUUCAACUGCGUUGUUUGGGGACCAGGAUGCUGUGAUGAAGGCCAUUCAAGAGGCCAGGAAGAUGAGAGAGCAGAUCCAGAGGGAGCAUCACCAGCAGGGCCUGGAAGCCAAGCUCUCUGCCCUCACCUCCAUGGGCCUCAACAACUGCCGAGUUGACAAGGAAAGGGCUCAUUUUGAGAGCCUUGGGCACCAUCUUGGCAAGUUGGGUGAAGAUGGAAAGAUUGGCCAUAGAGUCAUCGACCUCACCAGGCCAGAAGACCUCGAUGGAGGCGCCAGCACCACCGAGGCACGGGUCUACAGGGAGGCCCGAGGGCGCAACACUACCGAGCCCCACAUCAAGAGGCCCAUGAACGCCUUCAUGGUCUGGGCCAAGGACGAGCGGCGCAAGAUCCUCCAGGCCUUCCCUGACAUGCACAACUCCAACAUCAGCAAAAUCCUGGGUUCAAGGUGGAAGUCCAUGUCUAACCAGGAAAAACAGCCUUACUAUGAGGAACAGGCCCGCCUCAGUAAAAUUCACCUAGAGAAGUACCCUAACUACAAGUACAAGCCCCGACCCAAGCGGACCUGCAUUAUCGACGGUAAGAAGCUCCGCAUUGGCGAGUACAAGCAGAUGAUGCGCUCACGACGACAAGAAAUGAGGCAGUUCUUCACUGUGGGUCAGCAGGCGCAGAUCCCCAUCAGCACCAGUGCGGGUGUUGUCUACCCCGGGGCCAUAACCAUGGCGACCACCACACCCUCCCCUCAGAUGACCUCCGAGUGCUCAAGCGCGUCGGCCAGUCCCGAGCCCCCCCUCCCCGUCAUCCAGAGCACCUUCAACAUGAAGCUUGAGCCCAGCCCUCUGCUGGUGAACAGCAGCAGCGAGCGCCCCAACGGCGUGGAGGAGAUGGACCUGUACGAGGACUUUGAGGAGGAGCCCAAAUCGGACUAUAGCAGCGAGAACGAGGUGCCGGAGCCCGUCAGCGCCACCUAAGGCGCCGCUCACAGCAAAACGAACACCAAUCAGAACCAUUGGGGAUGGGCGUACCGGACGCACUCGCAACACACCACAAAACUCAUCCGAAAAGCGGAUUGGCCCGGGGAGCCCAGAGACUGAUCUGAAGGGAGGAGGGGAGGAGGGGGGCGAGAAAAUGAAAAAAAAAACAUUGAGUUCAAAGUAAAUAGAUGACUUAAGAAAAAAAAGAGAAACUCUCUUAAUGAUGUAUCCUCCACGAGCCAGCAUGCGGACGUGGCUUCAUGAGAUCAACACAUAUUGGGUCUUAAGUGUUUUCUACAGUGUGUGUAAAGCAGUUUGGUUGUAGUUUGUUUUUUCUUUUUUUUUAUCUCGCUGUUCAUUUUUAUGUCGUUAUCAUGGACAUUUACACAAUUGGGUUUGAGCGUACCAUUGGAACUUGAAAUUUAGUAUUUGAUAUAAAUCUGUUAUUCUUAAAGUAAUUUACCUUUUUCACAUCAGUUUGAUGCUUAUGAUAUGUUACAUUACUGUUUGUGAUGGGAAAUCUGUUCUCACUCAGGUAUGCUGUGACAGGAACCAGCUUUUGAAUGUUUUCAAUCUGAAUUUAAGUAUAGGCAUACUAUUCCAUUCUUAAGGAGUUAUACAACAAUGGAAUUAUUAUUAUUAUUAUAAUUAUACAAACUGUACCAUUUUGUGCAGAAGUGCCAAACAUUUAUAAUUUUCUCCUUAAAACCUUUCAAGAUCUUUUGAGAGAGGCCGCAUGAGUCUUAGACAAUCUCUUGACCUCUUAGUGCAGCUUCAGUCUUUCUUCCUUUUUCGUUUAUCCAAGCAGGAAAUACAACGUAAAAACAAAUAGAACUCAGGAACUUUAAAGCGGGCGUAGCAAGUGAUAUGGCGUCUUGGUGAUGCGGUGACUUGCAAUGCUGCUUCCUGGGAGCCCAUAAUGCAGUGAUCAUCAGCCCUGACCCACCCCCUCCAAUGUCUCCUGUAGAGCAGUUAAGUCUUGUGCCGCCGCAUCAGCCUCUUGUUUCUAGCUCUCCAAUCUAGUCUUACUCACUAAGUUCUUAAUCAGAAUGACUGUAAUCAGGCCAGGACGCUAAAGGGCCAAACGCAUCCAAUCUCCCCGUUUGGACCAGCAGCAAAAGGCAGCUUUGGGAGCAUUACAAUCUCAAAGUGAUGUUGUACAUUGUGACUCCACACUGCAUUCUGUUAAACACUUGAGCCCCAUUUGGAGGACAUGUUUAAAGUCUUUGGUCUUAAACUUUUUUUUUUCCUCCUACAAUCCAGUCUUUAGAGACAUUGUAAAUCUUAAAUUGACACUAAGAAGUCUUAAGGAAAGGUUUGGUUAUCUUGUUGAUGCUUUCAGUUGAUUACAGCAGCAAUCUUGGGCUGGUUUAUUCCCGGAACCAGACAAGGUCAAAUGUACCACACACACCAUGGCUACUGUAUAAACUAACGCGUGACGUUUAUUGUUAUGCAUUUCUCUGCAUCUGCAUAUUUCUUUACAUAGCAUUUCUCCUCAACAGACUUUCCCUCGACAGAUUGAAGCAUGUUGUGCUGCUCGUCGAACGACGACACUUUGGAAAGGCAGUUAUCUUUUGCAUUUAAUGCACGAGUACACAGCUAACAAAAUAGGAGUCCGCCUUCGGGAGCUUGCUCUCGGCUAAACCCAGCUCCAGCGGUGGCAGAGGCUUUUUCUAGCAAGACCUCCCUCCCGCUUUGCGGGGGUAGAGGGGUCUAAGUGUCCCCCCCACAUCCCCCGUCCCCGCGCCCCGUUGCCUGCCCCGCGUCCAACCCUAAAACACCCAGGGGUGCGCCAUCUGGCUCCGGGCAAGGGGUGGGGGGGUCAGGCGGAGGUGCUUACCAGGAGGAAUAGGCGGGAGGGGGGGGAACAAUAAAUAUAGGAUGUGCAUCGCUCAUUGUGUUCCCUCCAUCAAAGUGUGUGAGCAGGAAGGCCUCAACAGGGGCCGCCACGCUGGCCCAGUCACCAGGCGCUGGUGAGCAGAUGGAACAAGUACAUCAAGCUGUGGGGGAUUAUUGAAAUGAGUGACGAGUGGCAAUCAUCUCAAAUACUGCAUUAUUAAUGCAUGGUUCCAGCUAUUCUCCUUUUGCCCUUGAACCUGUCGACCUAAAGUAGGAGCCUAGAGUUUCGUAAGAGACCCAGAUAGUCUCUGGCUCUUACUGGGCAGGAUCUCCACUGUUGGUCACUGCAUCACUCGCUUAGAUUGAAUUGGUACAAAUUGAUGUAUAUAUAUAUAGUAUGUGAAAGAAAUUCAAAGCUGGCUGUUAUGGCAUUGUCUCCGCCAUUAAACGCAUUCAUCCACGUCAGUUUGUAAGUUUGAAACACCUCACUGUUCAUUUUUAGUUUUGUUUCCAUUCUUUUUCUUUAUUGUGUUGCUCUUGUUUUGAGGCACAGCACAUGCUUCUAGGAUAGCUAACCCACAAAGAAACUUGUAAAGGAUUUCCCUCCAGGUCGACCCGUCUGGUGUUUUUAAGCUGUUACUCCUGUUUGCUGGUGGAUUAACUAAUUUGUAUGUGAUUGUAAAUAUUUUCAUGACCAUGCCAAUCCGAUUCAGUGGGCUGGUAGUGAAAACGGACUCUCGAUGGAACUGAAACUUGACUGUGCUAUAUAGCAAAAAAAAAAAAAAGAACAAAAAAAAAAAAUUAUGACAACAAAGAACUCAUAUCUCUUGAGGAGAUGCUGUUUCAUAAGUGUUAACAAGCACUGGAUAUAAAUUGUAUUUUUAUCAAUUCUGAGUAAUGUGAAGCUGUUUGCUGAGUAAAAAAGAAAAUACCAUUUCCGCAUUUGAACUCAAGUGUGUCUUGUCAGACACCUGAUUCAAGUCUUCAAAUAUUUUUCUGUCUGCUUAUUUUGUUUAUUUAUGCAAAGAUCCAUGUGAUGAUUGAACAUUUUGUUUAAGCUUCAGGUCAGGGCUGCCUAGGAAGAGAGUCAACAGAGAGAAAGAGAGAGAUAGAGGGAGAGAAAUUCAACAUCCUACAAGCAUAGCAACUGGUUAGAAAUACAUUAGAGGUCAGAAGUCCAUUGUAUAUUGUCUGUCGCGUGUAUUCAUGUUUUAAUAUAUUUAUUAGCCACUAUUGGCUCUAAAAUUGUUGGUUAACCAUUAGUCAACAAAUGGACAAUCAAAUGGACAGAAUUAAAACUCACCGAUUAGACUGCAGAACAAAAAGCAUUUCAAUAUAUUUGCCAUCUCGUUAGGCGUUUAUUGUAAAUAUAACAUUGGAAAUAGAUUUUAUUUUUUUCCCAUGGGUACUUAAUGAAGUAUAAGUUAUGUAUUUGAUCAUUUUGUUUUUACUUUUUUGUAUGUGCAUGUAUGUCUUUAAGCCUGACAAGUCACUGUACCUCACGUAGAUGCUGAAUAUUUCUCCCAGGAGAGCAGGACCUUAGAUAGUGAUGUUUUGAUAAUCUUCCCAAUUUAAAGACAAAUCAAUGAAAAAAUAAAUCAGUAUUUACAAUCUAAAUCUUUUUGAUAUGACAAGUAAAGUUAUCAAAAAUAAGGUACUACAAACACUUGACAAAAGUGAAUUAUUUCAACCACGGCAUUCAUAUAAUGUAUAAUCCAACUUGUGUUUUGGCUAAGUAAAGCACUCAUUUGAAGAGGAUUUUUUUGAGGAGCAAUACUAAUACAAAUAAUAAAUAAUAAACAUGCAUGUAUUUGGCUUGCAUUUACACAGUAUAGGAAUGAACAAAAGUUGUUUUUUUAUGAACAUUUCUUUGUUGAAAACACAACUGACAUUCUUGUAGUUUUUUUUACAAGUUGGGAGUGUGCAAGUAUUUAUUAGUUUUUAACAUGGAAUAAUGCAGUCACCCGAGUGCAUUCUUACUCUAUAUUCUCUUUGCCAUUUUUAUAUGUUGCUAAUUUUAAUGAACUUGUUCUUGUAGACUACCCAGCCAUCAGCAGUUUAGCUCCAUACAACCCCUUUAUCAAUCUAACUAUAAGAGAUGCCGUUGCAUUUGAUUCAAAACUGAAGACUUGUAAUGCUGUUUCAACAUUACUUACUGUACAUUUUGUUUUUGCCUGUCUGAACUCUGUGAUGUAUAUGGUGGGGAUUAUUCUCUCUAAUUAAGUUAAUCAGCACAAUUCACUGAUAUGCUGGACAGAGAUGCUAGCUGGCGUUCUUACGUGUAUCAAUGGUUCAGGACAGCAUUUCUAGUUGUCUUUACAGAACUUUGCUUUUGAGCUUAUUUUGUCUUAAGCAACACUGUGUGGCUCUUAGAGUAUUGGGGCCGUUCAUUUGAGAUUGCUGGCAGCCUGGUACAGUUCUGUGCAUAGAAUCCCUUAUCCUGGCAGGUACCUAGACCCAUGUCAAGUAUUGUUUGGGUGUUAUUAGAGUAAAUGAAAUACAUAGUGUCUGUUGCUGCUUUGAAAAAAAAAUAUUUCUGAAUAUGUAAAUAGUUUAUCAUAAUAUCUUGUACAGUCCAGUGUAAAGUUUUUAAUUCAACCUAAAACGGUUGCCAUUACAUUUCUGUUCACAUUCUCCUUUAUACAGUACACAAAAAUCAAUUAUUUGCUAAGGAUGUUAUUGUUAAAAGGAAAAAAAAGACAAUGGUACUAAACUAUUUUACGUUUUUUGUUUUUGAUUUUUUGCUUGGCUUCAAAGUGUAAACCAGCAAGUCUUUGGUUUCCAUGUGCAGUAUUGACGUGAGGUAAAAUUAAUUCAACAGUGGUGUUUUUGGGGAACAAUCCCCUCUUGCUUUGGUAGUAUUAAAACACUAUUUGAAACGAAUUCAAACCGGAAGAGUGACACGUUGGGGCUUCGGGGAGGGGGGUAUGUCGCACCUUGGAAAUGUGUUCAAAUGUUUAGAUGCUCCUCCCUACAGGAUGCAUUUAGGCAAAUUAUAAUGUAACACCAUUUUCUGUAUGUAAUUAGUCCAUUGACGUAAAAAGGCAGUCAUGCGCUGUAUAACUGCCUGUUUGAGAUCAUUUACCUCAAGAACUUUCUCCUUUUCUGUAAACGAGUAAAAAACAUUGUGUGACAAAAAAACAUCUCACCAUCACUCCAUCUUUUGUACUGCUGUUGACACUUACAAAUUAAAGAGACAUUUUGUUUUAAA